CCAAAAACCUCUCUUCUCUGCCACAAAAUAUUCUAUGCCCCCAACCUUUUCCCAUUUGUGCUAUUCCAUAGAUAUAUGCCAAGUCCAAAACCACUUGCCAACUUGCCAUUCCUUCAAAAACCAAAGCCAGACCGACCCUAAGAAGAAACCAACAAACAUGGGAAGCAAGAAAACCUACGAGGAAGAAGAAAGCACGGCUCUAUUUUCCCAUUCCCAAACACAAACAGACUUGCUGUUACCCUUCAACGAGAACGACCCACAGGACAUGGUCAUAUACCAAGUCCUCCACGAAGCCAAUGCUCUCACCAACACAUUCCUCCCUCAGCCCACCAGAAACAUAACAAAGAAGCACUACAGAGGAGUCCGCCGCCGUCCUUGGGGAAAAUACGCCGCUGAGAUUCGCGACUCGGCGCGCCACGGCGCCAGGAUAUGGCUCGGCACCUUCCAAACCGCUGAAGAGGCUGCCAUGGCUUAUGACCGAGCCGCGUUCAAGAUGAGGGGCUCCAAGGCUUUGCUCAAUUUCCCAGCUGAAAUUGUUGCUGCUGCUACUGCAACAGAGUUAUCUUUCAAAAGUAGUAGUAAUAAUAAUAAUAAUAAUAAUAAUAACAAUCCCGAUGCUGUUUCUGAUUCCAGUGCUGGUAGCUCUUGCACGAACAAUUCCACUUGGGUAAAUAGGAAUCAGUCAGAAAUCACAAGUGGCACAGGUUAGCUAAAUGGUGUUGAAGUUGAACAAUUAAUUGUAGAAAUCUUUUUUUGUUUCUUUUUCUCAAUCGUUUUGGUUUGUUAUAACUAUUAUAAUUAUUUGUAUCUGUCUGUCCAACUGGACAACAAAAAUUAAUUAAUUGAAUGUGAUACCAUGAUCAUGCAUGGGUUAAAAUUAUAAUGGUUAGUGAUUUUUCUUCUUCUUCACCUCUCGUAAAAAAUCUUUUGGUUUUAGUGUUAAUUAAUUGUUCUUUGUUUUUA